UAAACUUUUCAAUUUUGUUUUUGUUUCAGUGCCGGCGAAAGUCGUUUGGGGAAUACCUGGCAAAGAUGUUGACCUACCCUGUGACGUUUCACCCCCGGUUAUGCAUAACAAUGUAACAAUGGUGUUUUGGUUUAAAGAUGGCAUCAAAAUACCUUUAUACAGCCUGGAUGCUCGAGGAGGCUCUUUAAGUGCGGCAUCGCACUUGGCCAUGAGCGACGACCUUGGUGCCAGAUCGUUCUUUAUAACGGACGAGGACCCUGCUAACGCUCGUCUAAGAAUACACAAGGUUAAUAUACACGACCAGGGAGUUUUCAGAUGCAGAGUGGAUUUCGUCAACUCGCCCACCAAAAACUUCCAGAUCAACUUAACUUUAGUAGUAAAACCAAACAAGGUGAAAAUCGUGACGGAAAACUCGCUGCUAUCGACACAAAAGUCGCAAAAUAUUAGAUGUGAAAGUUCCGGAUCCCAUCCACCUGCCAAGUUAACAUGGCUACUUGAUGGAAAGCCUAUUAGAAAUGCUGUUGUUACGGAGGAAGUGACAGACGCCUUCACCGGUUGCAUAAUAUCGUUGAACGUGUCGGCUGAGGACGACGGCAAGGAGUUAGUUUGUCGGGCUGACAAUCCGCGUUUUCCUGGGGGAUACGCCGAAGACGCAAGACAGAUACAUGUUGCUUACCCUCCCAGGGUUGCUGUAAAGAUGGACUCGGAAAGCGUCGGCGGCCCUAUUAAGGAAGGAACCGACGUAAUUCUACGUUGCGACACAUCUGCCCAACCUACACCACAUAGUUACAGCUGGUAUCAAGAUGUCAAAGGUCAAGACGCCCCCCAUUGCAAAAAGGGCUACGAAAUAAUGCGGGUGGGCAUGCUCCCCCUGGAAACCCUGGUGAUCCAAUGUCACGUGGAUGCCGUACCGAGGGUGACUAGAUUCUCUUGGACCUACAACACAUCCAGGGGCGUGCUUCCGGUCCAAGGAGCGAAAAUGCAGAACACUGGAAACCUCUCGGUGCUGCACUUCAAUCCUGGAACUGAGGAUCUGGAAUCUCUAUCGUGCUGGGCGACGAACGAAGUGGGAAGGCAACAGACGCCAUGUUUAUUUUAUAUUGUGCCUGCAGUUUCCGUCAAAGAAAGCUCGAAACUACCCGUUCAUGUUGUGUGCAAGUGCGAAAGUUCGAGUUCAGAGCGCAAAACUUUUGACUUUUCAGCGGCUCCCGAGUCGCCCAAGAGUUGCAUACUGCGGAACGCGUCACAUGGCGGCCUGGAAGUGUCUUGUAUUGCGGGAAAGGAUGGCGGAUUGCACCAAAGUUUCGUUCUCGAAGUUACCGAUAUUUCCAUACCCACCCUGCCGCCCGGAGUCACCACGCUCAGCGAUCAAGAAUUGGACAUGGUGGAGCGAAAGAACCCAUCUGACGACUCAAUCUCGAGACCGGGCCUGACCGUGAUAUUAGUGGGACUGACCGCACUGGCGGCGCUGCUGAUCGUGGGCAUCGUGGCCGCAGCCGCCGUCAUAGCUUGUCGGCGGCCGCCCGCCGCGGUCAGGAGGCGGCGAAGAGAGGCCAGCAAGCCGCCGAGCGAGCUGGAACUGUCGGAGGCGGGGUUCGGAGAGGGGUUUCACAGGAGGAGCGCGCAGUACAGGGCGAGCAUGUACGGCGAGACCGAGGAGCGGAUAUCGAGGCUGAUAGAGGGUACGUAG